UGGGGGAUGCCGGUUUCAUGAAAAUUGUUAUUUUUCUUGAACCUCUCAAGAUUCAUCUGUAAUAUGCUCCUUUAUCCCUCUGUCCUGUUCCUCUACUAGGAAUGUCUCCCAAUUGUAUAUUCAUUCAUUUUCACUUUUUCUCUUUGCUAAAAAUCUAUUCAAGAUUCAAUUAGACCAAACCCUUCACGUGAAAUUAUAGUUAAACAACAACGUUUUAACGUUAAUUUCUUGCUAAUACUCUCUCUCUCUCUCUCUCUCUCUCUCUCUCUCCAUCCAUAUUUCAACCCCCCCGUCAACACACGACUACUAUACUUUCACGUCGCCACCUGCAUUUGUCUUCAUACUCCUUGUUUCAACACGAUUCCCUUGCUCCUCAGUGAGUAGAGAUGCUAGGAAACUGUGAGAAGAUGGUAGUCAUCUCUUCAUCAACCAGUAAUGAAUGGCCACUGCAGCCACAGAAUCAGAUGAUAGAUGAGAAAGGGUUGAUGGAUCAGUCAACAGCAGCCAAGAUGAUGGAGAAGCCUAGCCAAGACCAGCAGCAACAGCAACAACCACCCCUCAAAUGUCCUAGAUGCGAUUCAUCAAACACAAAAUUUUGCUACUACAACAAUUACAGUUUGUCUCAGCCAAGGCAUUUUUGUAAGGCUUGUAAGCGUUAUUGGACUAGGGGUGGAACUCUCAGAAAUGUUCCAGUUGGUGGUGGAUGUCGGAAGAAUAAGAGGGUUAAAAGACCAGCUUCUACUAAUGAGGCUACUUCAACUUCAGCUCAAACUGCAACUUCAAACCCUAGUCAUGUUGUUCCACCAGGCCAGAUAGAUCUAUCUUGUUCAUCAGCAGGAAAUCAUAUUAAUCCUUUGUUUUAUAGCUUGCUUACUAACAACCAUCAUCCUUCGGAGCUCAAUUUUCCAUAUCCGGCCAGGUUCAACACUAGUAACGGUUAUGAUCUUCUUCAGCCUCAAAUGAAUGGUCUUGGAUUAGGGUUUUCAUCAGGACCUCUUGCUAGUGAUGUUAAUGGGAGUGAUUAUAGAAAUGGGAUCAAUUCAAUUUCUUCAAAUAAGCAGAUUCAAGAUGUUGGUGUUAUCCCUUCAAAUUCACUUCUUUCAAGUUAUAGUAAUUCUAUCUUUGGAUCAACUUCUACUUCUACUACUUCAACUAUGGCUUCCCUCAUAGCUUCUACACUUCAGCAACAAAAAAUGAUCUUUGGUGGAGGAUUUGAAGGGUUUGAAGACAUGCAAAUGCAUCCCCCGCGGAGUGGUGAAAAUUCUGUAGUGGUGAAAGAUGUGAAAAUGGAGGAAGGCCAGCAUAGGCUGGAUUGGAGCGUUGCUAGUAAUCAGAAUCACAUUGAUCAGAUUAACUCUUCUGAUCCUUCGCUUUUGUGGAAUGCAACUGGAGUCGGUGCCUGGCUUGAUCCAUCAAAUGUGGGGUCUUCAGUUCCUUCUUUGAUCUAGCGUAUGGCCAUGCUCCAUUCCUGUCCUGGACGGAUCUCCCUCUUGUUCAUUAUUUCUAGUAAAUCAGUCUUUCAGGUAGUUAGCCUUUAGUUUUUCUCUUUCUAGUAAAUCUCAUUGGUCAAAAAUGGUGGUUUUAUUACCAAAAGGAGCAUAAAGAAGAAAAAAAAGUAGAAAAAGCAAAGUUCUUGAAUAUUGAAGAACUGAUGGGAGGAGAUUGGAUCGGAGUGAUCAUGUCAGCUGCAAAUGAACUUCAGCCUGCAUGUUUUUACUUCAAGGGUUGAUCAUCGGAAUCCCAUUUGCGCUGAGAGGAACCUCGGAUCCUUUUUGUCUCAUCUGCCCAAGUUCAAGCAGUGCCCUCCUUCCCAAAAGCCACAGAUUUGAAGGGACGCCUUGAACAUCUAACUUGGGGUUGCAAUUUCUAGUCCAAAUGUGAGUUGUUUUAAUGUUCAUUAUGUAUAUAUGUGCAUGGAACUUCCAUUUCUUUAAUUAUGUACUAGCAUCUUGUAUUAGGUUUUGGGGUUUGGGGUCACUGAGAUACAUAUGAUAGAGUCCUAAUGGGAUAACUUCUCAUGGGGAACCACUUUUUUUUUUUCUUUUUAAUUAAUUGUUCCACUUUAUGUUGUUUAAUGUAGUUCAUAUAAGGGCAAGGGUCGGUACAAUGGUAUACAAGAGAGGGAGAUUAAUUUCUUGGCUCAAUUUGGGGUGCUUGAGGUUAUUAAUUUGUUCA